UGUGUGUUUGUGUGUGUGUGUGUGUGUGUAGUGUUGUGUAAACUUGUGUGACCAAGGCCAAUGAACACAUGUUGACAUGAAUAAAGUUAUUAAUCACAACUCAGUUGUUCGUUCUUCUUCUUUACAAAACAAACUGAAGAAACUGGUGUUUAACCAGAGUCUGCAGGGUGGUGCAGCGGGCAGAGAGACGGUCACAGGUUCGCCUCCCAGCCUUUCUGUGUGCAGGUUACAUGUUCUCCCAGUGUGGUCCUGUUCCAUACAGACCAAAAACAAUAACUCCAAACUGUCCCCGUGUGUCUCUGUGAGGGACUGGAGACAUGUCCUGGUGUCCCUGUGAAGAAUUAAGACUUGUCCAGGUGUCUCCAAUGGACUGGAGACAUGUCCUGGUGUCCCAGCGAUGGACUGGAAACGUCCUGGUGUUCUUGUGAUGGAGUAGAGACAUGUUCUGGUGUCCCUGUGAUGGACUGGAGACAUGUCCAGGUGUCCCUGUGAUGGACUGGAGACAUGUCCAGGUGUCCCUGUGAUGGACUGGAGACAUGUCCUGGUGUCCCAGCGAUGGACUGGAAACAUGUCCAGGUGUCCCUGUGAUGGACUGGAGACAUGUCCAGGUGUCCCUGUGAUGGACUGGAGACAUGUCCUGUUGUCUCUGUGAAGAACUAAGACUUGUCCAGGUGUCCCAGGGAUGGACUGGAAACAUGUCUUGUUGUCCCUGUGAUGGACUGGAGACAUGUCCUGGUGUCCCUGUGAUAGACUGGAGACAUGUCCUGGUGUCCCUGUGAUGGAUUGGAGACAUGUCCUGGUGUCCCUGUGAUGGACUGGAGACAUGUCCAGUUGUCUCUGUGAAGAACUAAGACUUGUCCAGGUGUCUCCAAUGGACUGGAGACAUGUCCUGGUUUCCCAGCGAUGGACUGGAAACAUGUCCAGAUGUCUCUGUGAUGGACUGGAGACACGUCCAGUUGUCUCUGUGAAGAACUAAGACUUGUCCAGGUGUCUCCAAUGGACUGGAGACAUGUCCUGGUUUCCCAGCGAUGGACUGGAAACAUGUCCAGAUGUCUCUGUGAUGGACUGGAGACAUGUCCAGGUGUCUCUGUGAAGAACUGAGACAUGUCCAGAUGUUUCUGCUCCUUCUUUCUGCUCGUCUGUCUCGCAGCCCGGGGACGUGCUGCGUGUCCACGUCCAGCAGGUGGCACCGCAGGAUGCUGCUGCAGACGUGUCAGCAUCCUGGUCGUCAUGGUUACCGGGUUUCACACAGAAAGAGGAAGGAGAGAAGGAGGAAGGAAGAGAGGCAGGGGAUCAACAGAAUCAGAGCAGCUCAACAUGAGCGCAGAGGAAUAAAAGUGUCCCUUUGUCUCACCUGUCCUCCUGAAGACAUGUCCUCCCGCUCCGACACCAAGACAGCCUCUCAGUUUUCAUCUCUCACCAUGAAGCUGAAGGAUAAGCUCCACCCACGAAUCAGACGCAAACACAGCCCGACCCACGACAAACCACCUGAUCUGAACCUGACACAGAACCAGAACCAGCCGGUGGGUGUGUUAGCAGACCAGCAGCGUGCCGUCAUCAGCUCUCUGCAGUACUUCAAAGCUCUGGUGGACAGACUGGGACUGGACAGACCUGAAAAGAACAAACUGGUCCUGGACCAGUCCGUGGUGGGCGGUCUGCUGGGCGGGGCAUCGGGUGGAAUCCUGGAGGCGGUCCAGAGUCUGGUUCAGCUGGAGCCACGUUUCCUUAACAGUAAGACCGUCUCUGCCUGUCUCACUCGUCUGUACCGCUCCGUGGCUCAACUGAUCCGCUGGGCCAAUCAGGUGAUGCUGCAGGGCGUCGCCCAGGACUACACGGAGUCCCCGGAGAGCGUUACCACGGUGAUCAGGGCUGUGCUGAACGGUGCUAAGGAACUGGUUCGAUUGGUUGCCGAGAGACAAGAUAGCUCCACCCCCUUGUCUCCUGUCCAAUCACAGACAGGACAGUUUUUUCGACAGGAGACAUCAGACAGUCCUUCAACCGGCAGGAGUCCUUCAGAGGAAGACAAGGUGCUAAAGAAGAGAGAGUGCCAUGUUGGAGCUCCGCCCAAACCUCCCAUGCCCCUCCCACAAAUCCAGUCUCCAGUGGCACCCCCACAAGAACCCAAGACGACUGUUUGAAGCGGCUCUCGUCUUCUUCUGCAGAAUCUGCUGCCAACAUCACACUCUGUGAGGAUGAUCCAGACUUCGACUUCCUCCACACAGACCUGUCCGCUUUGGAGGCACUACCCCCUCUGCCCCCUGCCCUGCCAGAGAAACGACUUCGCGGCAGCACAGGUACUGUCAACUCUCCAAACCAGUCCUUUGAGUUUAACUCCACCCCUUCGGACACAAGUCCCACUAACUACGAGGACGACUCUGGUCCUGGUGAACCUGCACCCAACCCUUUGUCCCCCUGUAAGACGCCGCCCCCCCUCCCUGAGAAGAAACGACACAUCCACGACUACCUGCAGUUCUGUUCGUCCUACAGCGAUCAGUCUGCCGUCUCGUUCUACCAGAAGUCUAAAAGCAGACAGCGAGAGCCGGACUCCUCCAACCAGGAGCCACACGUUCACCUGAACACAGGCUCCGCCCCCUCACCAGAGCAGCCUUCUGUUCCUGUGCUACCACCCAAGAAGAAACAGCAGGAUACAUCUGACAGACAAACUGAAGAGAACGGAGACAGUUGGCAGGGUUCCCAGCAGGAGGCGGAGCUUGACCAGUGGAACAGUUGGGAGCAGGUAGAAGUGGAGGAGCUGCUGCUGACCAACCAGCGGGAGAUCCUCCAAAGAAUCACCAUGAAGUCUGAGGAGGAGGAGGGACCAGAGGUGAAGGCUGCAUCUGCAGACGUCCUAUUGGUCUACGCUACAGGGCCCAGCAGCAGCGGUCAGGACCCAUACCGCGAGGCCUUCCUCUGCACCUACAGGAGCUUCUUCAGGCCCAGUGAGACCAUCAGCAAACUACAGCACAGAUACAAAACCCUCUGUGAACGACAAGAACCUGUAGAUGUGACAGCAGCUGAAAAUACCUUUCAGCUGCUAGUCAGAGUGGUGGACGACCUCAGCACAGUGGAACUGGACUCAGGUCUGCUGUUGGACCUGAUGGACCUGGUGUUCAGCCUCCUGGUUGGUGGAGAGCUGAGACUAGCACACCUGUUGCACUCCAACAUCCUGUCCAAGAUGGAGAAGAGGUGGAAACUGCUCUGCUCUCCUCAGUCCCUCUGCCCGCUCGCUGCCAAGGGCGUGGCCGCCAGACCAGGAACUCUCUUGGACUUCAGAAGUCAGGACUUAGCAGAGCAGCUGACUCUUCUGGACUCGCAGCUUUUUUAUAAGAUUGAGCUCCCAGAGGUGCUGCUGUGGUCCAAAGAGCAGAACGAGGAGAGGAGUCCUCACCUGACCGAGUUCACUCAGCACUUCAACAACGUCUCCUUCUGGGUUCGGUCAGUCAUCAUUCUUCAGGACAAACCGCAAGACAGGGAGAGGCUGCUGCUGAAGUUCCUGAAAAUCUUGAAGCAUCUCAGGAAGCUGAACAACUUCAACUCUUACUUGUCCAUUCUGUCAGCACUAGACUCUGCCCCACUGCGACGGCUUGAUUGGCAGAGAAACACCUCUGAGACACUGGAGGACUUCAGCUCACUGAUUGACAGCUCAUCUUCGUUCAGAACCUACAGGGAGGCACUGGCUGAGGUGGAACCACCAUGUAUACCAUACCUGGGUUUGAUUCUUCAGGACUUGACCUUUGUUCACCUGGGCAACCCUGACUUAUUGACGACACCACAGGGUUCAAAGGUUAACUUCUCCAAGUGUUGUCAGCAAUUUAACAUUCUGGACACUCUGAGGAGCUACCAACAAGUGCAUUACUCUCUGCAGCCGGACGAGGACAUCAUAUCCUUCUUCAAUGACUUCAGUGACCACCUGGCAGAGGAGGCACUGUGGGAACUCUCCCUCAAGAUCCGCCCAAAGAACACUCCACGAAUCAAUCAGAGAUGAGCUGUGGUGAAACAGCAGCCAAUCAGGAAGCAGGAAGGGAUGGCUGCAGUCAAACUGCAAAAAUAGGAUUAAUCCAUGCAAACCUGAAGUGAAGUGGUCCCGGACUGGACUGGUGCUGAAAUUAUGCUAACAUAAGAUAGCCCAGCUCAAAGCCAGAUGGGUUGGCCAGGUGUUCAUGAGGCCUCCUCUUCUCCCUCUCAGAUAGGUUCCUGUUCCAGCGUCAAUAUGUUUCACCUGGUCUCUUCCUCUCUCACCCCAUUAACCUUUAAAACACAAACAGCUCACAGACAGAAACAAUGAAAUAACUUUGUUAAAACAAGUUUACUGGCUGAAGUAUAAGCCCAGCAGAAGACUAACCAACAAAAAUACUUUGAAAUUCUCACAGAUAAAGAGCUGAAAUGUCUCUUUAAUAAAAGUUUGUCACGUCACAUGAUGCAGCUGAACUGGGAGAAACCUUUGAAACAUUGGAGAGCUAAUAAAGAAUGAGGAGGUCCGAGAAAGUUCUGGUGGAUUCUGAACACUUUCAUAGGAAGGUUUUCUUUAGGCUUUUAUGUUUUUUUAUAUUUAGAUUUUUUUAUUCUCUUUUUGAAUUGUAGACAUAUUCAUGUUUGCAAUCUUUAUACCUGGUUUAUUUAUCACUGUGUGAAAAAUGAGAUGCUGAUAUCAGAAUUGAAUUAUAUCUGUAUUUGUCUUUGGGAAACGGUUUAAAACGGAGACCUAUUAAUCUAAAACUGAAAAAAAAAAAGAGCAUCCAACCUUUUAAAUUUUUAA